AUGGCCCGUGGGCUGUGGGAGCAAGUGGUGGCCACCCUGGAGGCCUGGUGCAAAGGCAAGCGUCAGAUCCCCAAGAUCCAGAGCAGGAACCUGGCUGUGGUGUCCCUCAGUGUGGGAAUAGCUGCAAUUUUCCUCUCCACCCUGAUCCCAAACAAUGUGGUGGCCUUGGUGUACAAGCUGGAGGCCCUGCUCCAGCGAGGGUGCUCAGAGGAGGUGGUGAGCAAAUGCAAUCUCCUGCUGGAAGCUAAUCCAAGGGAUUCCAUGGAGCUGCUGCUGCUGAGGGGGCUGGCACGGGUGCUUUCAGGGACACAGGUUGGGAAGGGAAUCGUGGAUUAUGUCCAAGCCUUUGUGCUGCAUCAAACUGAGGCAGUGGCCUACGUGUAUGACAGGCAAAGGGAGCACCUGCCCCAGGUCAUCCAGGCUUUCUCUGAUCACCUCUCCACAUGCCAGGAGGAAAGCCCAGGCUGCAGGUCCUCAGAGCAGUGGCUGUGUGACUGCUACAGCUUCCUGGCUGCAGUAGCACCAGGGCACACCUGGGUGUGCAGGGCACAAGCAGCUCACCUCCUAAAAACAGGUGAAUUUCAAGAGUGUGUGGCUGUUUGCACCAAGGCCCUUGAGGGCUUCUCAGCUGAGAAUCUCAGAGGUGAGGAUGUUCUGGUUCUGCGCCUGGAACGGGCUGCCGGGUAUUUCUUCCUGGGUGGAUGGAUGCAGGAAAUGAUGCAGGAUUUAGCAGCAGCCUUUGCAGCAGACCCUGCCCGGGCAAUGAAAUGCUUUGAAGAGCUUUUCUCACCCUGUGAGGUUGAGAAGAUCGAGAAGCAGGCCAGAGCUGCCCUGGAGGGGAAGUUUGCAGCAUACAGGAAGGCUGUGCGUGCUCGGGCUGAGCUCAGGGGCAGUCAUGGCACUGAGCUGCUCCCUCCUGUCAUCCAGACAAUCCAACUGCUCCUGCACAUCUGCCCAGGGUCCAGUCGGGAGCUCAGUGUCCGGCUAGCAGACUGUCACCUCCUGCAGGGAUAUCCCAGAGCUGCCCUGGACAUGUGUGAGCAGCUGCUGGCAGCAGAACAGAACACUUACCACAACACCCUGCUGGCACUGCGAGGCUUCUGCUCCCUCCAUGCCCAGGACCACCACAGAGCCCUGCAGGACUUCCAGAGGGUCAUUGAGCACGAUUCCCCACAUCCCAACAGCUGCAUCAAAGCCCUGUGUGGGCGUGGGGUGAUCCGCAUCUCUGGUGGCAGUAAUUACUUGACAGCCCUGGAUUAUAUCACAGCUUGCCAGUUAAAGCUGGAAGAAACCAUCUUCACCAUCAAGUCCUAUGUGCCAUGGAACCAGAGGGGAUUACUGCUGAAGGUCCUCCAGGAGGAAGGACAGAUGAUGCUCCAGAAGAAGAGGUACCCAGGAGGCGGCUCAAUUUCCCUUCAGAAAAAAAAAACAGGGCUGUGCACAUUCCUAACCAUGAAGGUAGAUGCCCCUGGGGUUUUCCAGCUGGCUUCUCUCUUGGUGGAGCUGGACAGCUCUGAUGAGGCAUCUCGGAUCCUGUGUGCUGAUGCCUUGUACCAGAUGGGCCAUGGGGAAGAAGCCCACAAGAUGCUCUCACUGUCCCUCUCCAGGAACCCCCAGAGAGCUCCUGUGCUGGCCAGGCUGGCCCUGCUGCAGCUGAAGAGGGGCUUUGUGUACAAUGGCAAUCAGCUGCUGAAGAGACUGAUCAGAAUUGGAGACUCCUCCUGCCUCCUGCCAAUCCUGGACAUUUUCCAGGAUGAGGACAAAAAGCUGCUGCAGAGCCACUGCCACUGGCGAGCCCAGGCCAUCCUGAAGGGCAAACAGGGGGGUGCUGCCAUCAAAGAGGCCAUUGCCCACCUGUCCUUUGCCAUCCUUGCUGCAGGUGGUUAUGCUGAGGAUUGCCUCCUUACCAGGGCCCGAUGCUAUGAGUGCCUGGGGCAGAUGAAAACUGCAAUUUUUGAUUUUAAUGCAGUCCUGAAGAAGGAGCCCAGGAAUGUGCAAGCUCUGUGUGGCCGAGGGUUCAUUCACCUUGCUCUGAGGCAGCAGAAGGAGGCAGUGCAAGAUCUGAUCUCAGCACUGAAGGUGGAGGCAGGAGCAGUGAUCCCAGCAAUACUAUCCUUGAAGCCUGAAGACCAAGUGUUGGUCACUGAGUGGCUCCUCCAGCACGGCAGGGCUACUCUCACCAAGCUUGUGGCCACCAAAGACCUUUCAAGAGAAGAAACUCUCAGGGACCUUCUCAUGAUGGCAAAAGCACUGACCAAAAUCUGCAGGACUGCACAUCACAUCUUCUACACUGAUGUUUUGAUGGCAAAUGGAAAGCACCAAGAGGCCCUCAAGCAUCUGCAGGAAGCCUUUGGUCACUGUCCUGCUGAGGACUUUGCCAGGGCUCGCUUGGCUGUGCUGCAGCUGCAGAACAGGAAUGUGGCAGGGGCAGCUGCCCCACUCAGUGUCCUGGCAAGGAGAGAUGAAAAGGACUUGGCCUUUCUCCUGAACUUUGUAGACACCAAGCAACAGCAGCAUCUCGCUCAGGCAGCAGCCCAGGAAGGGAAGGUGCUGAUGAAAGGCCAUCACCAUGAGCAGGCUCUGGGCUACCACAGCCUGGCUGUACUGGCCAGCCAGGACAGCCCCAGGUACCUGCGGCGCAGAGCUGCCUGCCUCAUGCACCUGAAAAAAUAUGAAAAAGCUCUGAAAGACAUGGAAAAAGUGACCCAGGGACACGGCUGUAACAGCCCAAAAACACAGGCUGGGGACCACUGCUGCCAGGGCUUCCUGCUGCUGGCCCUGGCUCAGGAGGAGGCAGCAGUGCAGCACUACAUAGAGGCUCUGCAGCUGGACGAGCCCCUGGCCCUGGACAUCAUCACUGACUGCCCUGGCAGGGAAUCUUUAACCAAAACAUUUCACAAAAUUGCACAAUUUAACUUUGAAAAGCAGUGUUACGAAGAGGCCUGGAAAAUCACAGACUAUGGGCUUAAAAUUGAUAAAAGUGCUGAGCUCCGGAAGCUGAAAGCAAGACUUAAAAUAGAGGCAUCAAGCUGUAGCAUACAUUGAUUUCUCUGUUUGGGGAUUUUCCACUCUGAUUGUUUUCUGGGAAGCUGCAAGAAUGAAGAAAAGAUGAGAAAGAUAAGAAUGAUGAGAAGCUCAUGAUAAAUAUGCAACAGACAUGACACUGAACAUGGGACAGCAGAAUUAGGAGUGGAAAGUUUAACGCAGCAAAACAAAACUGACCAAGAAAGCAAUGAGGAAAAUAAGCAAAUUGCAGCAUUCCUUAAAAUUAUUGUGGAUUAUGUAAACUCCCCAUUGUGAAAAAAGUAUUUUUUUUUCUGGCUAAACAAUGAAUUCUAGCACAGGGGUUCCAGUCCUACUGAAGGAAAACAGUCAAAUCACUUGCAGCUCAUGAAUAAUAAUCACACAUUUCCUAGCUGGUAUUUGAUAAACUCUAACACGUACUGUUCAAUCAAUUUGCCUUGUUUUUAUGGGCCAGUCAAAAGUAUCAGUCAAAACUAACUCCUGUUACGUUUUUGUGAAGGCCCAUUUGUGUUACACUCCUCUCCUGCCCCACUCCUGGAUGAAGGAUCUGCCCUGGUGGGAAUGCAGUGUCUUGGCCAGGAUCAGCAUCAGUAUCAGGGAUGGGGCAGCACAAAUGCCAAACAAACUGUUCUACUGCCCCAGGGAACAGUGAAAAAACAGAUAAGGUGAAGGGUGAGACUCAACAGAGAUCAAACAUCCACUCCAGGGACUCCUGCCCUGAUAUCCAGGGCACAUGAGCAGCUUCAUUCCAGGCUUCACCUUGGAUUCCCAGAUCCAGUGUCUCCCUUUGUCAGGGCAGAUAUCAGGGAUCAUCUCUCUAUCGGGGUGUCUGCCAGAGCUGCUGGCUCCCAUCCCUCAUACUCCUGGGUGUUCAAGCCCCAGAGCCAGCCCUGUAGCUCGUCCAGAAGUAGUGAUGUACAAGC